AUGGCCUGGGGGCGGGUAGCCGCGCUCGCGCCCCUGGCCUUGCUCGACGUCGCCCCGAGCGGCCAAGUCGCGUGCUACCUGGAGGUGGCCAGCAGGGGCGCGGGGCGCGAGCUCCUUUCGAGGGCGCACGAGAUCCUGUCCAUCGUGCUGGACGACGGGAGCGUCGACCAAUGCGCCGUGGUGGCGGCGGAAGCCCUGGCGGUGGGGUGCGACGCCGAGCUCGGCUUGACCUGCCGCGCAGCGGGCAAGGUCGGGCUGUGGGGCGCGGGGUCGGCUUCCACCAAGGCCCACCGCGCCAGGGCGGCCACGCUGGCGUUGGCCGUGGCGACCUUCGCCCGAUUACCCGAGGCGAGGAAGGUGGGGGCGGUGGGCGCCCUCGACCAGUCCACGGCGCGAAACUGGUUGAAGCUGGUGGAGGAGUUCGACUCCAUGGCCGCCGAGGGUAUCGACGUGAAGUUCAGCCGCGGCUCGGGCGCCUCCGCGGGGGCGGGGGCCCUGGGGGCAGCUGUCCUGCCCCCCGGGCUAGCGGGGGCGGUUGGGCAGGCGCGCGACCUCCAGAAGACCGCCUUCUCCAAGGCUCCGAGCCGCCCGCGGAUGGGGCCGAAGCCGAAGCCGAUCGGUGCCCCUCGCCACCCGACUAGCCCACCGAGGAGGAGGCGGCCGGCCGCGGAGAUGGAGGACGCCGUGAGCAACGGGCUACGGCAGGGGGCGAGCCCGCGUCUGGGCGUGGCCGGGCGCGAGCCCCAGGCAGGGAAGCAGGUGAUGUGCCUCUCGCGCGCCCCCUCCGACGCCUCCACGGACGACGUGAAGUUCGCCCUCGGCCGCUGCGGGCCCCUCGGGUGCAUCGGGUGGCUCCUCGGCGCGCGCUGGAAGCGGGAGGGGGCGGCUCUGGUGGAGUUUUGUGGGCCUACCGCUGGGGCAGCCGCAGCGAGGGCCCAGCGCGAGAUCGACGAGCGGCGCGUGUUCUGGGAGGGGCGCGGCGACCCCCGGGUUCGGCUGAGGGGGGCCAGUGAGCCGAGGUGGAGCUCGGCGGCCGACCCCAGCCCAGGAGGUUGGCGGUGCCACCUCGGCGAACAGGGCUGCGUGGGAGGCGCGCGCAACGCGGGGUUGCGCCGGUGGCGCUGCCCGUCGUGCCGCCGCUCGAUGUGCGACAACUGCCACAUGCUGCCGGUGUCCAGCUGCGACGAGUACAGCGGCGAGGCUCCCGCGAGCCUGGAGGAGGCGUGCGCGUCCGGCUUUUGCGGCGGUUCCGCCAACGGCGCCGCCGAGUUCGACUUGUCUUUCCCCGUGGAGGUGGAAGACGGCCGGCGGCUGGUGAUCAACUGGAAUUUCGAGGACGAUCCAGAGCAGGUUGCCGCAACAUUCAGCUUGCAGCACGGGUUCCUCCCCGACGAGGUGCCCUCGAUCGUCAAGUUCGUGCGGCACGCGGCGGCCAUGGCGCAGGCCGAACGCGAGGCCCUGUCGCAGGUUUGGCCACGCCGCGUCCCCCGUGAAGCCGCUCGUCAAAGGUCGCCCUUGCCCAGGGUCGCUCCUGCGCGUGGCCGACCUGUGGGCGGCUGCGCGCUGCAGGCGACCGCCGAGGCGCCCCCCCCAGCCGCGCCGGAGCUGCCACAGAGGCCGCCGGGCGAGGC